AUGGAUGUACAUAUGGAAGACCCUAGGCCGCUCAAACGAGUAAAGGUUGAAGAGAGCGAAGCCACCCCCCUGGACAACCACAAAUCAGACUCCAAUUCCAGUGAUAGAAUGAAGGAGCUGGAGGUUGGAAUCCACACUUGGGUGGAGGAGUCGCGAUCUGUGCUUUAUGGGCUGCUGAAAAAGCGAUACACUGACUUUCUUGUAAAUGAGAUCUUGCUGGAUGGGACUGUGGCGCACCUCCGUGAUCUGCGACCCAAGCAAAACAGGGAUGAGGGGAUCGUUCAGAGCAGAACGCUAGUUGGUGCGCCAGAAGGUGGCGGUGAUGAAAGCAACCACAAAGCUUCGAGCAGCGACAAAGCGAUGGAACCAAGCACUGGGGUCCCGACGGGUGAGGCGCCACCAACCUCAAGCUCCAGAAACCCCAUUACACAAAGUGAAGGGCAGCCCCCAAGCAAAGUCACGGAGGUUUCUGAAGAGGACCGAGCCAAAUUAGUCGGAUAUUUCAGCGAGGAAGUCGUCGAAGAACUUAUUUCCUUGUACCAAUCUAUCCUCCUGAACCCAGGCAAGAAGUCAAGAGAUCACCCAACAGUCCGGACACCCUUCACUUCAGACCGUAGCAUUCGGUCAAUGAUCCAUGGAGACAUCCGGCGCAUUUUCCAAUCCAAAAUCGACUCGUCCACUGACAAGGAUGGCAUUCUGGUUUUGACAGGUGCAUCCAAAGGCCCGGGGGUGCGUGGUGAGCAAAACCCCAAGGGAAGGGGAGAGCCUAAUCGGAUCAGCUGGAAAGAACGCGGUGGCGAUUAUGUUCAUUUCAAUCUCUACAAAGAGAACAAGGAUACGAUGGAGGUGAUCAGCUUUCUCUCGCGGCAACUGAAGAUGACUCCCAAAAGCUUCAACUUUGCGGGCACUAAAGAUCGCCGCGGGGUCACAGUUCAAAGAGUUAGUGCAUACCGUCUCGACGCAGGUCGCUUGGCAGGUUUGAAUAGGAGCCUGAGGUAUGCAGCUGUCGGGGAUUAUAAGUAUGAGAAGCACGGGCUUGAACUCGGAGAUUUGAAUGGGAAUGAGUUCGCAAUCACCUUGCGGGAAUGCAGUGUGGGUGAUGAUUGGCAAAGUUUAUCCGAGAACCAGAAAAUCGAAACCACACAAGAAUACCUUUCUCAAUCUCUUAACCGGCUGCGGAACCAAGGAUUUUUGAAUUACUAUGGACUGCAGCGUUUCGGGUCAUUCAUGAACCGCACUGACACCGUGGGACUCAAGAUUCUUCAGGGAGAUUUCCAAGGGGCGGUCGAUGCAAUUCUCCAGUUCUCUCCUGUCGCGCUCGAAGCUGCACAGUCCGCGGCUGAUACACACACACUUGUAGGACAAGAUGAUCGUGCUCGAGCAGAUGCAAUCAACCACUGGCGGAUGACGGGCCGAACAAAUGAAACCUUGGAUCGACUGCCGCGAAAAUUCUCGGCUGAGACGGCGCUGAUCAGACAUCUGGGCAGACAACGCAAUGACUUCAUCGGCGCUCUCCUGAGUAUCCAGCGGAACCUUCGAUUGAUGUAUGUGCACGCCUAUCAGUCUCUCGUUUUCAAUCUCGCCGUCAGUGAGCGGUGGAGACGGUUCGGGGACCGAGUGGUGGAGGGUGAUCUUGUCCUUGUGCAUGAGCACCCGGAGAAAGACGCGCAACCUCAGGCAGCUCAAAGCGUGGAUGCUGAUGGAGAGGUCGUUAUUGAACCGUUGGGCGAGGACCGCGCGGGUGACCGUGACGACAUGUUCGAGCGGGCGAGGUCAAUGUCCGCCUCCGAAGCCGAGAGUGGUCAAUACUCUAUCUUUGAUAUCGUACUACCUUUGCCCGGCUUCGACGUGGAGUAUCCGCCCAACGCGCUCGGCGAGUGGUACAAGACCUUCAUGGCUAGCGCGCAAGGUGGCGGCCUUGAUCCCUACAAUAUGCGCCGCAAACAGAAGGAUUUCUCACUGAGCGGCGGCUAUCGCAAAAUUCUCGCGCGAAUCGGAGAGUCGUAUGACGUGCAGGUGCACAGCUACUGCGACGAAGACAAGCAGUUUGUUAAGACUGACAUGGACCUGAUCAAGGAAAGCGAGCCUGAGAACGGCAGUACGGAAACUGCGGCGACAAAGCCUGAAGAGCACAGUGCGAGCACUAGUCCUGUGGAAAAGCCGGCCAAGAUUGCUGCGGUACUCAAAUUUCAGCUGGGUUCAAGCCAGUAUGCUACCAUGGCUCUGAGAGACCUUUCGAAGGGAGGGAUUCAGGCAUACAAGGCAGAGUUCAUAGGUGGGAGAUAG